UUCAAAUGAGUACUCUCGGUCAAGAAUAAUUUUGAUUUGACAUUGACAUAAUUCUCGUACAUGGAGGUGCUGCGGGAACAAUGUGAUUGGCGGCGCCUAGAUAUGACCCUCGUUUCAUCUCAUUCUGUACCAUUAAACCUCUGCUAUUGAUAUGACAUCAUAAAAUAAUUCAUGAACUCUGCACAUUCCUUUGCCUAAACUAACAUAGACCACACAAGUUAUCUGUACUGAAAUGUUUGCUCGUGUUAUUGAAUUUCCAGCAUCCGAUAGCUAUAAUGUCUGCCGUCUGUGCAGAAGGCCAUCAAGUAUGCAGUGGCAGAAAUAGAAAAGGAAACCUGUCGUCAUGUACUUACGUGUAUUUUUUGGUGUUAAGUUGUAAUUAACAGUUAGGUUUAUAUGUGGAAAAUAUUGUUUUGGUGAAAACUAUGCUUUGGUUAAAUUUGCAUGUUGCAGUUUGGAUGGAUGCAACAAUUACAAACGUGAAAGUGACCGGCUGAAUUGAGAUUUUUAUUGUGUAUUAAGAUUAGUCGCGUAAAAUAGAUUUUAGAAAAGAAUACUUUUAUUUAGUACCAGAUUAAUCUGUUUUCAACACUCCAUAACGAUGACUGCAAUAAUAAAUGUUGAUAAAGUCUGCCGACUUUGCAUGGAAGAAGCUAAAGUACUUUUACCAAUUUUCAAAGAAGAUUUUAGUUACGAAAGUGUUUUAUUGCCGCACAGGAUCAUGGCUUUUGCAGCCAUCCAGGUAAAUAUGUGUCCAGGUGAUGGCUUGCCAAACAAUAUCUGUCCAAAAUGUGUAGAACAGGCCAACACAGCUUAUGAAUUCAAAGAGAAAUGUGAAGCUUCUGAUUCCAAACUGAGAGCUCAUCUAUGCAAAAUACAGGACUUAGAGUGUGUCACUGUGAAGUCUGAGCCACAGUGGGAUUGCUAUGAUCAGUGUGACACCUCUAGCAACACCGCCUCCAUUGCAGAACAGUAUGUUGAGGAAGCUGACAGUCAUGACUUAUGGGAUCAGAAUUGUGCAUAUUUUGAACCUGUAGUGCAGUGCACUGUGAAGGAGGAACUUGUGGAUAAUGUUGAUAUUGGAAUGACAAAUGACACUAAUCCUACUCCACAGUUCAAAAUAGAAUCAACAGACAUAAAGUCAGAAGAAAAUGUAAUUUCAAACUCAAGCUGUGGGAUAACAGAGAGCACAACUAACAGACAAAAUCAAACUACUGAAGGUGACAAAAAUGAAAUUCAGUUUCGUCAUAAGUGUGAGGUAUGCCCAAAGGCAUUUAAGAGAAAAUUUCAACUGACAGAACACAUGUGUAUACAUACAGGUAAACUGCCAUAUCAGUGCACACAUUGUUCAAAAUCAUUUGCUCGAAAAUUUACUCUUAGAGAUCAUGUGAACCUACAUUUGGGGAUCAAACCCUAUUCCUGUACUCUGUGUGAGAAGGCUUUUGCCAGAAAGAUUUCUUUAAAUGUGCAUAUUAAAACUCACACAGCAACGAAGGUUUUUAAGUGUGAAAUAUGUCAGAAGUCAUUCACUAAAAAGGUUCAUGUAGCAGAUCAUUUGCGAGUUCAUUCUGGUGACCAACCAUAUAUAUGCACCAUUUGUGGGAAAGCCUUUACUCAUAAAUACUCCUUGACCGUUCACAUGAGACACCACCGUGGUGAAAAGCCAUAUGCAUGUCACUGUGGGAAAGCAUUUUCACAGCAAAGUCAUCUUACUGUGCAUCAGCGGACACAUACUGGUGAAAGACCGUACCAAUGUUACAUCUGUAACAAAGCUUUUAAUCAUAAUGGUCAUUUGAAAGAACAUCUGAAAGUACACAAAGUAUUACAAUAAUUUAUCAGUUUUAUAACGACUAUGGAGAAAGGAGGAAAACAUAUUAGACAAUAUGAAAUAAAUAUGUGAAGGAAAAAUUUGUGUACUAUCCCUGCCUUUCAAUAGACUUAUUUUAACUACA